GCGAGAGUUACCUUUGCGCGCGAACUCUGAGUGUUAGGGUCCCUGCGCUGGAUCGCGCUGGUCGCUGAGCAGGUCCCUUGGGGGUCGCGACGACCCCAGCGGACCUGGUCACCCUCGUCUCCCCGCCAUGGAGACCUCCGUACACAAGCAGCAGCAGCAGCAGCAGCCCGCGGCGGCCAAGAUCAGGAACCUGCCCUGGGUUGAGAAAUACCGGCCGCAGACACUGAAUGAUCUUAUUUCUCAUCAGGACAUUUUGAGUACCAUUCACAAAUUUAUCAGUGAAGAUCGGCUGCCGCACCUGCUUCUCUAUGGUCCUCCAGGGACAGGAAAGACAUCCACCAUCCUAGCCUGUGCUAAACAGCUGUACAAAGAGAAAGAAUUCGGCUCCAUGGUCUUAGAGCUGAAUGCUUCAGACGACCGAGGAAUUGAUAUCGUUCGGGGACCAAUCCUGAGCUUUGCUAGCACAAGGACAAUAUUUAAGAAAGGCUUUAAACUAGUGAUCUUGGAUGAAGCUGAUGCCAUGACUCAGGAUGCCCAGAAUGCCUUGAGGAGAGUGAUUGAGAAAUUUACUGAAAAUACCAGAUUUUGCCUCAUCUGUAACUACCUGUCAAAGAUCAUCCCGGCCUUGCAGUCUCGAUGUACAAGGUUCCGAUUCGGUCCCCUCACUCCUGAACUCAUGGUUCCCCGCCUGGAACAUGUUGUAGAAGAAGAGAAAGUUGCUAUAAGUGAAGACGGGAUGAAGGCACUUGUAACUCUCUCCAGUGGAGAUAUGCGAAGGGCCCUGAACAUUUUGCAGAGCACCAAUAUGGCCUUUGGAAAGGUGACAGAGGAGACUGUCUACACCUGCACAGGGCACCCGCUCAAGUCAGACAUCGCCAACAUUCUGGACUGGAUGUUGAAUCAAGACUUCACCACAGCCUACAGAAAUAUUACGGAGUUGAAAACUCUGAAGGGCUUGGCGUUACAUGAUAUCCUGACGGAGAUACACUUGUUUGUGCACAGAGUUGACUUCCCAACUUCAGUUCGAAUACAUUUAUUAACCAAAAUGGCAGACAUUGAGUACAGACUUUCUGUUGGCACCAACGAGAAGAUUCAGCUGAGUUCCCUCAUUGCUGCUUUUCAAGUCACCAGAGACCUGAUUGUCACAGAGGCCUAGAUGUAGAGGACCCUUUGCUACAGCUGUCAAGCCCAGCAGUGACUGGAGAACAGGGGACUUGGUUACUGGCCCCGAGGCCAGGGGACGAAGCCAUCAUCACCCCAAGUCUUGGAAGACUGUUUCAGGCGUGAGUGGGCAGACGUUUAAUAAGUACCAUGUUUGUGGCUGUUUGGAGCAGGGAGGUACAAAACAAUUUUAAUGUAAAACUCUCUUAUUGUGUUUCAUAGGGGAAAUAAAGCAAAAACUGUUUUUUUCAGCCUUAAGGCUUUUACAGUUGCUUGGAUGACAGGAAAUUGGCCUACCCCAUUUUGGUCUGGAACAUAAGGCUUUCAAAUCUAAUAUGGUCCAAGUGUCUUCCAGCUCAAGAUAAACAGAACCUCUCCCAAACUGAGUUUAUAAAUCUAAUCUGUGGCACCAUCUUUAUCUCUAAAUAGGUGUUAGAUUUCUGGCCAAAACUAUUAUACUCUUGUAAAAUGGACUCAAUUCUUACUUUAAAAACUGGUCUUUUUAUUCCUCCUCUUGAAGUAGAAGAAUUACCAGCAGGCUCCUAUUUGUGGUGUGCACAGUAGAGCAAACUUUCACUUUAUGCCACUGGGGGCCAGAGGUUGUACAGCACUCACUUGUUAACGCAGGGAGGGACGUGAGAUUAGGCCUGACUCGAAACCUGCAACCACUGCUAGGAUUAGGACUUGUGUACAAAUGUGGCGGCUUACUUGACAGCAGUUAUGCUACAUUUAUGAUACUGUUCUUCACAGUAAAAAUAAAGCAGCUUUCUUAAAUUGCUUGUGCUACAAGUGACUCUUCUCUCCUCAGCCAGUUAUAAAGAUGCUUAUCCAACUUGCAUUUAUAUGAAAAAGCCUCCUCCAUCUCUGAUAUCACAGAAUAAACUUUCUUGGAGGUUUUUCUUUA